AUGGCGCAGCCGUCCGUGACAUUCAAUGAUGACACCAAACGAGGAUCCAUGCGAUCCUCCGUGGCCCGCGGCGCCAAGGGAUUUAAAGGAGGUCUGAAAGGAGCCGUCAAGAAUAGCACUGCUUUGCCUGGUGGAGCCAUGAAGGGAGUCGGAAAUGCGGCGCAGUUUGUGGCGAAAGGAACAGCCUCUGGAACGGCCAAAGCUGCCAAGUUGGGAGUCAAAUCUACCCUGACGGGAGCUCGUUUGGGAGCAAAAGGUAUUGGAGCCGGAGCCAAGUUAGGAGUCAAGGGUAUUGGUACAGGUGCAAAGCUUGGUGUGAAGGGUACAUUGGCUGGAGCAAAACUUGGAGUCAAGGGUACCCUGGCCACAACCAAGGGUGCUGUCGGUGUCGGUCGUCUCGUCGCCAAGGGAGGUGUGGGUCUCGUGACUGAUUUCCCUGGUACUACAAUCAACUUGGUCGGUAACACAUUGAAGGGUGCUGUCGGUUUGCCCGGAACAUUGACCAACUUGGCUCGUCGUCGUGUGGUGCGUGAUAAUCGAUUGGCCUGGGAGACUCGUAUUACAUCUCCCGUCAUCAAAAUUGAUCUACACGUGGAAUGCAAGAAUCUGCCGCAAAAGGAUAGUUUUGCCUUGGCAGACGCCUUUGCUGUAGUAUGGGCGGUACCAAAUGGUUAUGUCGGGACAGGCGUAGACAGUGACAGGCCGUCGCCAUUACCUUCACGACAAGAGUUGGAGAUUGGACGUACCGAAGUUGUACGAGGCAGCAAUAGUCCCAGAUUCGAGCACACGCUCCGGCUAGAUUUUCUGUUUCAGGAAGAACAAACCUACCUGAUUCGGGUCUACGAUGAAGAUCUAAAGUACGCCACCGACCUACGCGAGCAUGAUUAUCUAGGGGGAUUCGUGUUUACACUCGGUGAAUUGAUGGGCAGUGCUGGCUGUACUAUGGCACGGGCUUUAGGACAAGGGGGCAGAUCUCAACUCUACAUAUCGGGACGAGAAAUCAGCGAAGCAAGGGAAAUUGUGGCCUUGCGGUUCUCGGCGCAGGAAAUGCCCGCAGUGGAUGGUUUGGAUAAGAAUGAUCCAUACUUCAACAUUGAGCGAUUGGAAGAAGAUGGGGUCACUUGGGAGACAAUCUUCAAGAGCGAAGUGCUCAUGGACGACGACAAUCCGACGUGGGCUUUGGUUCGGCUGCCAGUGCCUCAGCUAUGUCACGGGGAUAUCUUUAACCAAAUCAAAAUCACCCUGUGGGAUUGGAACAAGUUCGCCGAUGACAACGCGUUGGGCUUUGUGGAAACCACCGUACGUAACUUGGUCCAUGGUAGCGAGCACGGUAUUCCCACUCUGAACAUUUAUCGAGAAGAGAAAAAGAUGUUUCGUGGUAGCAAGCAAAGAAAGGCCGGAUGCUUGAAGGUUCUCAAGGCGCACAUUGUGCAGAUUCCCAGCCUGCUGGAAUUUGUCUGUGGUGGUUGCGAAAUUGAUCUCACCAUCGCGGUUGACUGCAGUAUGGCCAAUGGAGAAUACACAGAUGAAACUGGGCUGCAUUUUCGCAGUCAGCUUUGGUUGAACGACUACCAAGCAGCCAUUCACAAAGUGGGAGUCAUUUGCGAGAGCUACAACACGCGAAAAGAGUUCAACAUUUGGGGAUUUGGAGGAAUCAUUGAUGAGGAGGAACAAGAUGUGUUCAACAUCGGAGAUGGUGUGGGUAUCGGAGCGAAUGGUUUGUUGGAUCAGUACGAAAACUUCUUUGGAGAGCACAUAACCCACUAUCCCAGCGAAGGAGCCAACAUUAAACCCAUCCUUGAGAAGGCCAUGUUCAAAUCCAUUGAGCAGUCGCAAAAUCGUCACUGCUACAGCAUUUUGUGCAUUCUGACGGCCGGCGCUGUUUAUGACGUGCAGGAGGCUGUUGACUCCCUUUGCACUGCUGCAGAAGAUGCCCCAAUGUCAGUAGUUAUUAUUGGAGUGGGUUUGGGUAACUUUGAGGCUUUCACGAACUUCUUUGAAGAUGGCAGCGCCAAACUUCAACACUCAAAUGGGGUCCCGAUCUCCAGAGACAUUUGCCGGUUUGCGGCUUUCAGUGAUUUCGAAGAGAGUUCGAGCAAAGUAGUGGCGGAGGCGCUGAGCGCAGUGCCAGAACAAUUCGUGCAAUCUUUUGUGAACAACGGAAUCAAGCCAAGACCUCCCAUACCGGCACCAGAUUUGGAGAGAAUACUGCGGCAAUCCACACGGAGGAGCAAAAAGAAGAAGACGAAGCGUUCAAAGUCCAAAUACUCGUAG